AUGGUCAGAGGGGUACUGGAGACCCAUUUCCUUCGGAAUCCCUAUGGGGCGAGAUGGUCAGAGAGGAACUGGGGACCCGUUCCUCCUUCGGAAUCCCCAUGGGGCGAGAUGGUCAGAGGGGAACUGGAGACCCGUUCCUCCUUCGGAAUCCCUAUGGGGCGAGAUGGUCAGAGGGGAACUGGAGACCUGUUCCUCCUUCGGAAUCCCCAUGUGGCGAGAUGGUCAGAGGGGAACUGGAGACCCGUUCCUCCUUCGGAAUCCCUAUGGGGCGAGAUGGUCAGAGGGGAACUGGAGACCUGUUCCUCCUUCGGAAUCCCCAUGGGGCGAGAUGGUCAGAGGGGUACUGCGGACUAUUCCUCCUUUGGAAUCCCUACAGGGCGACAUGGUCAGAGGGGUACUGGAGACCCGUUCCUCCUUCGGAAUCCCCACAGGGCGACAUGGUCAGAGGGGUACUGGAGACCCGUUCCUCCUUCGGAAUCCCCACAGGGCGACAUGGUCAGAGGGGUACUGGAGACCCGUUCCUCCUUCGGAAUCCCUAUCGGGCGAGAUGGUCAGAGGGGUACUGGAGACCCAUUUCCUUCGGAAUCCCUAUGGGGCGAGAUGGUCAGAGAGGAACUGGGGACCCGUUCCUCCUUCGGAAUCCCCAUGGGGCGAGAUGGUCAGAGGGGAACUGGAGACCCGUUCCUCCUUCGGAAUCCCUAUGGGGCGAGAUGGUCAGAGGGGAACUGGAGACCUGUUCCUCCUUCGGAAUCCCCAUGGGGCGAGAUGGUCAGAGGGGUACUGGAGACCCGUUCCUCCUUCGGAAUCCCUAUCGGGCGAAAUGGUCAGAGAGGAACUGGGGACCUGUUCCUCCUUCGAAUCCCAUUGGGGCGAGAUGGUCAGAGGGGAACUGGGGACCUGUUCCUCCUUCGAAUCCCCACAGGGCGAGAUGGUCAGAGGGGUACUGGGGACCUGUUCCUCCUUUCGGAAUCCCCAUUGGGCGAGAUGGUCAGAGGGGAACUGGAGACCUGUUCCUCCUUCGGAAUCCCCAUGGGGCGAGAUGGUCAGAGGGGUACUGGAGACCUAUUCCUCCCCAGACAAUGA